AUGGUUCCUGACGCCGCCGCCAAAUACAUUCCCCGCACGACCGGAAAACCAGUCCUUUGGAACAAAAUCAAAGUCCUCCAUGGUGAACCCCGAAAAAACCAAUACCACCUUCUUUUAAAUCGGCACUACACAAACGACCCCUCCCUGCUCGCUGAAGCCCUCUCCAAACACUUCACUUCAAUUCCCCCAACCAUCAAUAAUCUCAACCCCGUUACCCAAAACUCACUCCCUAACCAAAACAUCUCCCCUUCCACCAUUUCUCCCCCCUCAAGUAAUCAACCUUUCAAUUCUGACUUCACUCCCGAAGAGCUCUACUCCGCCCUUCACAAGGUCAAAGGUCUGUCUUCCGGCCCCGACGACAUAGGAUAUCCACACCUUAAAAAUUUGUCCCCUCUUGCAAAAACUACAUUCCUAAAAAUUAUUAACAACAUAUGGAAUGAAGGAGCUAUUCCCGAUCCCUGGAAGCGUGGGCUGGUAAUCCCGAUUCCCAAACCACAAAAAGACCCUUGUAACAUCGACAGCUAUCGUCCGAUUACUCUCCUUGACUGUGCUGGAAAAAUCAUGGAGAGAAUGGUCAAUCAUCGACUCAAUACCUUCCUUGACCAAAACAACCUGCUGAACAAGCAACAGUUCGCUUUCCGACCUGGGCGAUCUACGGACGACUACCUAUGCCAUUUAGAAAACAUUCUCGACAGCUCUUUGAACCAACAUCAACACAUUGAACUUCUUUCCCUCGACCUCUCUAAGGCCUUUGACAGGGUCAACCAGAACAUCAUCGUCAGCACUCUACGUGAAUGGAAUAUCGGCGGUCGAGUUCCUCAGGGAUCUGUCAUUGCUCCAACACUCUUUCUAAUAGCUAUCAACUCCAUCUUCAAAGUCAUACCCGAUAAUAUAAAAAUACUAAUCUAUGCCGACGACAUACUACUAAUCUCCAUCUCCCCUUUCGCGCGUCUCUCGCGUAAAAGACUGCAAUCAGCUCUCGACCUGGUCGCUGACUGGGCUCCUAGUGUUGGGUUUCAGUUCUCCCCAGAAAAAUCCAAACUACUGCAUCUUGGCCCGAACAGAAAGAAAUUAAAGAAAAUUCCACCCAUCAUCAUGAAAAACGCUAACAACAAAAUCAAUAUACUACGUAUCCUAUCCAAAAAUCCAAGCCUGGCUAAUCGGGAUUCACUCCUACGGUUUUUACACGGAUGGCUUCUCCCAUCUACUCUCUACGGUCUAGGUUUCGUUAGCCGAGCCAGCUCCACCAUUCACGACAAACUUCAACCUCUGUACAACCGGUGCAUCAGGAUCAUCAGCUCUGCUUUUGUUACAAGCCCAACGCUAUCGCUAAUGGCUGAAAGUGGAGAGACCCCUUUCAACUACCUCAUUGCCAAACACCUUACCUCAAAGUCGUUGCGCUGGCUCGCCACUGGAGGAAACACUGAUUCCCCAUUAGUAAUUCGAACCGAUUCCUUACUCCAAGAUCUUGCCAACAUUUCCAUCCCAACCAUCUGUCAAAGAAGACCAACAGCCUUUCGAUAUUGGACUGAAAAGACCCCCCAUAUCGACCUCUCCCUCACCCACUCAAUAAAAGCCGGUCAACACCCUGCAAUAGUGCUUCCCCACUUUCGCAACCUUGUUGAAAAGAAGUACUCCUCGGUUCCACACAUUUACACCGACGGCUCUAAAACCGCCGAUGGCAAAGUUGGCUGCGGUAUCUACGACUCCAUUGACAAUAGAAGCAUUGCCCUGCCCACCGUGUGCUCCGUAUUCAGUUCCGAAGCUUUUGCACUCCUCAACUCCCUUCAAAAUUUCCCCACCCAUUCCAACCCCCCAACAGUCUUCUCCGACUCUGCAAGCGUCCUGAUAGCCGUCUCUGCCGGCAAUAUUAAACAUCCAUGGAUUUCAUCAAUCUCCGAGAUAGCCCUAAUCAAGAAAGCCACCCUCGUUUGGAUACCUGGACAUGUGGGUAUCCCCGGCAAUGAGGCGGCAGACCGCCUGGCAUCCCUUGGUACUAAUAUGAUACCCCCUGAAAUACCCAUUCCACAACAAGACGCAUACCACUACAUUAAAACUCAGCUGGCCCAAGCCUGGGAAAGAAACUGGUACUCCAACCGACAAGCCAAGCUGCGCGAAGUUAAAAACAGUCCCCUAAAGUGGACUGACCGUAUCAACCCCCGAGAAAGAACCGUCAUCACUCGACUUCGGAUUGGUCACACCAGGUUGACCCACUCCUACCUUCUUGAUAAAGAGGAUCCACCAGAGUGCCCUUCGUGCAACUGCAUACUAUCUGUCCGACACAUUCUAACCGAUUGUCUAACCUACUCCCAACAAAGAACCGCCUGCCAACUGAGCGACAGUCUCCGACAAGUAUUGUCUAAUUGUCCCACCGAAGAAGCCAAACUGAUUGACUUCCUAAAAACUACAAAACUGAUAAACGAACUGUAA